CCCCGCCAUGUCAACAGAACAGUCACUAUGAAGUUUGUGCCAAGAGUUGUGGCCAGAGCUGUGCCAGCCUUUAUGCCCCGGUUACGUGCCCUGCCCAGUGUGAAGAGGACUGCGUGUGCGAUGAGGGCUUCGUCUUGAGUGGCCACGACUGUGUCCCGAUAGCCCGUUGUGGCUGUUUCUACCAAGGGCGGUACUACCCUGCCUUGACGACUUUCCACCCGAAGUGCGAAGAGCGUUGCCAAUGCCAGCCGGGUGGAAACGUGGUGUGCGAAGUGCUGCCCUGUGGCCCAAAUGAAGAAUGCAAACUGGUGGACGGAGUCCAGAAAUGCCACCCAACUGGAAAGGCCACCUGUUCUGUUGUCGGUGGCCUUUAUCUUUCCUUUGACGGGUUGGCCUAUACCUUCCAAGGCACCUGCACCUACAUCCUCAGCAAACUACAGGAAAAGAAUGUGAACUUGGAACCCAUCACAGUCAGUGUGGAAAACGAGGCCUGGGCGAAUGGGGAGAUCAUUGUGCCCAAGGUGGUCCAUGUGGAGGUCUUUGGUGUUCAUCUGACUCUGCUAAGGAACAUACCGGGGCAAGUCUUGGUGGAUGGAGUGUUCUAUUACCUGCCUGUGAAUCUUCUAGGUGGGAAUCUGAGAAUCUACCAGCAUGGAAUCAGUGUCGGGAUCCACACCAGUUUUGGUUUCGCGGUGAGCUAUGACCUGUUUUACCAUGUGAGAGUCACUCUUCCCAACACCUACCAGGAUCAGAUGAGAGGCUUGUGUGGAAACUACAAUGGGCAAAAAGAGGAUGAUCUCCAGCUCCCUGAUGGCACGGUGGUCUCCGAUGUGGCCGUGUUUGGUGCUGCCUGGAAAUUCCCGAUCCCAGGCGUAUCCUGCGUUGAUGGCUGCUCAGGAUCCCUGUGCCCAGUUUGUGCCGAGGGGCAGCAGGAGCUCUUCAGGCAACCCGGCUACUGUGGGCUCCUCACCUUGCCCGAGGGGCCCUUCGCGGCCUGCCAUGCUGUCCUCGACCCCACUGAGUACCUGAACAACUGUAUCCACGAGCUGUGCAUAGGCGGCGGAGACAAGGCCAUCGCCUGCCAGAGCAUUCAGAGCUAUGUGACUGCCUGCCAAGCGGCCAAAGUCAUCAUCCAACCUUGGAGGAGCCUGUCCUUCUGUUCCCUGACCUGCCCAGCCAAUAGCCACUACGAUAUCUGCUCUAACGUCUGUGAAGUAAACUGCGCUGGGCUCACAGAUCACAUUCAGUGUCCAGAAAACUGUGUUGAGGGAUGUCAGUGUGAUGAUGGUUUCUUCUUUGAUGGCCUUGAAUGCAUCUCCUUGGACAAAUGUGGCUGCUUUGAGAAUAACAGAUACUUCCCGCAAGGGCAGAGUUACCUCUCUGCAGACUGCAAGACGCGCUGUGUUUGUGAAGACAAAGGUUCAGUGACUUGCUUCCCUCAUAGCUGUGCCGCUGGUGAAGAAUGUGGCCUGAGAGACGAAAUACGGGUCUGCUUCCCAAAGGAAGGCCAUUGCAAACUGAUGCCAGGAGCUCAGCUCUCCUCCUUCGAUGGCCUUUCUGGGGAUGUUCCUGCUCCUGGCACUUACCUUCUGACUUCCCUUUGUGAUGUUAACUCUCAAGAUUGGUUCCGUGUGGUAGCAGGCGUUGCGUUGUGCCCACCUGAGGAGAUUGCUGCUCCCACCUUGCUUCAUGUCUUCUUCAAGGACUUAUUCAUUACUGUGAAUGGCAAGAAUGAGGUCUGGGUGAAUGGACUGCCUGUUCCGAUCCCACUGAAUAUCACCACCUCAAUUACGUUGGAUGUGGCUGGGAAUGUCGUCGUCCUGCGCUCACCGCAGGUCCAAGUAACACGGAGCCCAGCUGGAGGAGUGGUGGUGACCGUCCAGCCUGCUUUGUCGGGGAGAGUAUGUGGGGCAUGUGGAAAUUUCAACCAUGAUCAGACCGAUGAUCUCCAGAACCCAAAUGGAGUGGCCGUGAAUAACGUACCUGAGUUGUUGGUAUCCUGGACGGCCAGAGAUUUCACUCUUUGUGUGAAUUGAAAGAAAUGUGAUUUGGUGAAUGGAAAGUUCCCGUCUAAUGGUGUUCCAGUGCAAUGGGAAAUUGGUGUAUUCGUACAUUAUGAAAAGAUGCAUUUAAAAAUCGGAUUUGGAUAAUCAUCGGCAUGUUUUCUUCUGAUUCAUGGUAUUUCUUACAAGGCAAACUCUUUGGCUCAGGCCUAAUCUUUAAAAGUUGGAGAACUUCUAUUUUUAUGGGACUUGUUCAGAUUUGCUAUCGUGAUGUGAAGAAGAUCAGAGUCAAGCAAGAAGAUGGUGUUAGGCUUCUCUGCAUCUUUCUCCCAUUUCUGAUACCUGAGGCUGGC